UCAUCGACCCUCCAGUCGACCGUGCAGUUGACCGACGCUGCAGACAAACCCACACACAAGAGAUGCACAGCAUCCACUGCAAUCCUCCCGCUUGUCCAUUCGUCGGUUUGUCGUACCGACUUACCCUGCCCAGUUGAGGAAGUCAGGGAGGCUCAUGGCAUCAGUGUCUGUGGGAUGGAGCAGCUCAUGGGUAAAGGGGACGGAGAUCUUGUCACCGAACUCCAGGCCGAUCCUGUUGUCAACAUCUGCACACAGCCACAAAAACAAUGCGGUCAGCCUGUCGGUGGUUCCUCUCUCUGUUCUCGCUCGGUGGCUCGCGCACCCUUCAGGCUAUCCUUGCUCCAGAUGGGGUCGAGAUCACGCUUUAGCUUGCCCAGCUUGCGGGCGAAUUCGUGGCUCAGGCCCAGGUGCACCCACUCGAUGUCGGUGAGGUGCGGGCAUCCCUGAAUGAGGGAGGCGAAAUCCUCCUCCUCAUCGCGAGUAGACACGUACUCGACCGCUGCACACAAGGAGAGAGGGAUAGAGAAUUUAUCCAUCGAUGCAGCACGUGCAUGUGAGAGGCAUGAUUGCUUACACAGGGACUUGAGCUUGGGGGCACGCUUCAUAAUGUCCUUGGCACCUUCAUACUGAUGCCAGGGUGUGGGACCCUCCACUCGCAGGCGAAAAAGUGAUGGGAAUCGCCACCGCCACCCACGGAAGCUAAACGCACGCACACACACACAGAGGGGAUGAUCAGUGCAUAGCGGUGUGACAAUGAAGAGCAGUGAUGCUUACCCACGGCGAGCUGGCCACCGUUCAACGUAGAGGUCCUCCAGCUGUGAGAAGCACACCCUGGGCCGCGAUGUCGGCACGCCGUAGUAGUAAUCCUCGAAACCCGGGGUGUCGUCGCAGAGCUUCAUGCUCCUCACUGUGUCGCGGGAGGCCUCGAUGCACUUGAGAGGGAAGUCGAGGCGCUUCCAGUGAGUGCUGAUGUGCGCCGUCCGCAGCCGACCCUGCCACCAGACAGACAGACAGAGAUCAGCCAUGGUCACUUGACUUGGCUGGUAUGGUGUACUUGCGCACCAGUUUCUGCUUCAGUACAUCGAGGGCGUCUUGCUCUCUCAGCCGCUUGCUCGGCCGUCUGAGGUCCGCACCGCCCGUCACCCCCUCCCCGGCCGAGUCGUCCUCUCCCUCCCUCACCGAGUCGUCCUCCUUUUCCUUCUCUUCUUCAUCCUCCUGGUCCUCUUCCUGUUCCUCCUCCUCCUCGUCGUCGUCGUCGUCGUCUUCUUGUUGUUGUUCUUCCUGCUCCUCCUCAUCUUCUUCUAUAUCCUCCUCACUGCUGUCGUCGCCAUGGACGCCGAUGUCCUCGAGCGUCCGCCUGGCGUUCCUCCGAAUGCCCCGAUUCCACCACUCUCGCUCGUCCACACCAAUGACCAAGUGGCGGUACACGCCCCUCGUGUCGUCGGUGACGACCUGCUUCAUGGCCUGGUUGACGCGGGAGAGGGGCGCGGCGUCUUUGGUGGGCAUGAAGGCCAACACGAUGUGCGCCACGUCGGGCGGCAGGUCGUCCAGACUCGGACGACCGAGCUGACCACACACACAGGGGCCCACAUGUCAUGUGUGUGGAUGUUUGGGCUGAUUUGGUGUGGCUUGCCUGGGUUAUUGUGGCGUCUGGUGGGAGGGUUUUGGUGGCGAUGGGCUGCGGGAGUGGCGGCUUGGCGACUGCCACGUUGUCGAGUGUCUUGAUGAGACCCCGCAGCGUGUCGUGUCGCGACGCCACCGACUGCUCCACCGUCAUCAGCUUAUUCGACAGGCCCGGCACCUGCCAACACACAUCACCACUCACAGAGAGGAGGAGAAGGGCGUGUGUGUGUGUGUGUGUGUGUACCUUGUCGGCCAGUGUGGGAGUGACGUGUGGUCGCAUCUCUGACAGCACGGCCGCCGUCUGCGCCUCGAGCGAUUUGAUCUUCCUCAACAAGGGGACCAGCCGACAAACAUUCGCCCUGUCGGCCUGAUGAGAUGAACACACGGGCACACACAGAGCCAUCAAGUGUGUCUGUCUGCGUGUGUCGUCCCUGCAGGUGGCUGUGCUGCUGACCCAGUCUAUGACGGGAUGCACCUCUUGGUCCGACGGCUGGCCGCCAUCUACAGCUACACCAGUGCUACAUCCACCACCUGAGAGAGAGAGAGAGAGCGCAUCACAACAAAGGCAGCCGGCCAUCAAAGAGUGAGUCGGUCUGUUCCCUUCAUGGGUCCCUCUUCCCACCUCCAGCAGCAGCAGCAGCCGGCGAUGAGUCAUCAUUGUCCACACGCGGCCGCUUGCCGGCAUUCUCGUCAGCUCCGCCAGACAUCUGCAAACCAACAACAGAUCUGAGCUGGCUGCUCCUCUCUCUCUCUUUGGUUCUGUCGUGGUUGGCACGUACCUCCAUGAGUUGCUAUGGGCGAACCAGCAGAUGGGUCAUCUCGCGCUCGCCAACAAGACGUGCAACAAGCCGGGCUGGGAGGUCUCCACCGCUCUCUCGGCUGUACAGUGAGGAACGGUGGUCACCUCGGCAUCUCAGCUUUGCUCCAACUUCUCCUCGCGAGCAGACUGGAGCUUUGUGCCUUUUUUUGCUUGGUCUUUGCUGGUGACGAUUCAGCC